UCUCCCGCUUCAUCUUCAUCCCUCCAUCUCUCUAACAUUGCAGUGUUUUCUCUCUUCUCCUUAGAGAAAAUUACUGCACUCUCAUAUCAAAUUUCAUCUUUUUACCACUUUUUGACGUUCUAAUUUUACUAUGGCUUCUCAAUCUGUUCUUGUUUUUGCUUUGAUAUUCGUUGCUGCUGUUGCUGGAGUUUUCGCCGAGGCACCCACCGAAUCACCUUCAACAUCUCCCUCGCCUAAAGCUUCCCCAUCGGACUCUGAAUCCCCUUCACCGUCUUCUUCUUCUCCUGCAGCCUCUCCAAAGGCCUCAUCUGAGACGACAUCCCCGUCCCCGGCAGCUUCUUCUCCAUCUUCGUCCUCCUCCGAUGCUCCAACCAGCGACUCGCCCACCAGCUCUCCAAAAUCCUCCCCUUCCGUUUCUCCUUCUCCUGCCACUGACUCCCCCGCUGACUCUCCUGCUGCUGACUCUCCUGCUGACAAUGUUGCCGACACCCCAACUGCUGCUUCACCAGAUUCCGAUGUCUCUUCUCCUCCAUCCCCUGAUGCGGCCGAUGCCCCUACUGCCGCCGAUGGCCCUAUUGCCGCCGAUGGCCCCACCGCGGAUUCUCCUGCUGAUUCACCCGCCGGUGAUGACAAAAGCAGCGGUACUGAUCUGAAACUCACCUCCGCCGUGGUUGGUGGUGUCAUUGCCGCCGGAUUCUAUGCAUUCUAAAAAUAGCUUAUUGAUAUAAGCAUGUUUAGAGAGUAUGGGUGACAAAUUCUCACAUUAAAUGAGAUUGUAUUCUUUUAAGUUUAUAUAAUUAAAAUAAAACAAAAAAUUAAGAAUGUGUAAACCAAAUCAUCGAGGAAAAAAAAGUCGAAUUAUAAUUUUGGACAUUGUAAUAUACUCAUUUUGGAUUUAUAUAAAAAUUUUACUUUUUGAAAAAACAAA